GUAUGUGUACAGUUAAAUAUUGUAUAGGCCUCAUUGACAUGUCUGUAUAAAAUAUUUUAGAUACUAUAGUAUUAUUAUACUAAAACAAUCAAUGAAACCUAUUGGAUAACACAGUAUUAUGCUAAAUAGUCCGGAAACAGCAACAGGUUCAAUACGAUUUUAACAAGGUCAGAAGAGUUCUCCAGAUCAAUAAUAACUUGUUGUUACAUUGAUCAGUGUAUAAAAAGCUAAUGUAGUGAACCAACAUUCACAGACUGGCAAAGGGAGGAGACUGAUUAUUUCACAUAAGAACUCCUUUUUCUAGAAUUAACUUCAGUUUUACAAUUGUAUACUGAUUCUAACAAAAAGCUCAAUAUGAGUCAUCAUCACUCUUCAUGGCGAGAGCACCACUGUGUCCCUGGAGACACCAACUGCACCGCAAGCUUUAAGGAAUCCUUAAGCAGCAGGAACUACAAGUUACACCACGUGCCUUUCCAUGGACCGACCCAUAGUCACCACCAUGAGCUUCCACACCCUUUCCCCACUGUGGAUGUUCCUGAUCAUGCCCACUACAUCAUCGGCUCUGUCAUCUUAAUAGUUGGCAUCACCGGAGUGAUGGGGAACGCACUGGUGAUCUACGUGUUCUGCCGAAGCAACAGUCUUCGCACUGCGGGGAACAUGUUUGUGGUGAACCUGGCUGUGGCCGACCUCUUCAUGUCUCUCACCCAAGCACCUAUGUUCUUUGUGGCCAGCCUGCACAAGCGCUGGGUGUUCGGCGAGCGUGUUUGCGAGCUCUACGCCUUCUGCGGUGCCCUCUUCGGGAUCUGUUCCAUGAUGACUUUGACUGCAAUUGCUGCCGAUCGCUGCCUUGCUAUAACUCAGCCGCUUGCGCUCGUGAGCAAAGUCAGCCGACGCAAAGCCGGUGCAGUAUUAGCUGUUGUGUGGCUCUAUUCCCUGGGCUGGAGCCUUCCGCCCUUUUUUGGCUGGAGUGCCUAUGUCCCUGAAGGCCUUCAGACCUCCUGUUCUUGGGACUACAUGACCUUCACUCCAUCGGUACGUGCAUACACCAUCCUUCUUUUCAUUUUUGUGUUCUUCAUCCCCUUAGGGAUCAUUGGUAGUUGCUACUUUGCCAUUUUCCAAGCUAUCCGAGCAGCAGGGAGGGAGAUAAGGGAGCUGAAUUGUGGAGAAACCCAUAAGGUCUAUAAACGUAUGCAGAAUGAAUGGAAGAUGGCUAAGGUUGCCCUUCUGGUGAUUUUGCUCUUUGUAAUAUCCUGGUCACCGUACUCCGUGGUGGCUCUUACCGCAACUGCUGGUUAUUCCCAUCUCCUCACCCCUUACAUGAAUUCAGUACCUGCUGUUAUUGCCAAAGCCUCAGCCAUCCACAAUCCCAUCAUCUACGCAAUCACACAUCCUAAAUACCGGGCAGCUAUUGCGCGUUACAUUCCAAUACUCCGCCGUAUUCUCCGCGUAAAGGAGAAGGACCUCCGUUCUUCUUUCAGUUCCAGCAGUGCCCUCUGCUCCCGUCGUCCGACCCUCACCAGCCAAUGUUCAACGGAGGUCAGUGUCGGAAAUGCAGCACGGGUUAACGGCCGCUGGGGAAAGACCCGCUUGUCUUCUGCUUCAGACACUGAUUCGUACUGGACUGAGAGCGAGGCUGAAGGUUCCAGUGUGAAUUCCACAACUUUUGGUCGUCGUGUGUCCACAGAGAUCUCUUCAGAUACAGCCAUUCCUUCAACAGAGUCAAGCACUACCACCGCAAGAGGGCACAGAGCAGAAAAAUCAGACAAGGUUUUAAGCAUACCUGUGCCCUUUAUUGCUUUCGGAACAGAUUCAUCAGACAGGGAGCCUGUAUCUGAUGGAAAGACGUUCCUCCUUGAGGGGGACCUCAGGGAAUAAUGUAGUGCUUUAGAAGACUAGCUGGGUGUUUGUUACCGUAGUAGCAGUCACUUUAAAUUUGGCUAAAUAUAUAUUUUUAUAAACAGGCUACAGUGGCGGCCAGUGAAUUAGUUUUCGAGGGCGCACAAUGCAAAGCUUGUCACAACAUGUAUUUAGCCCGUCAUGUGUGUGACUCCUCAUGUCAAAAUAUGUGUUUGGCACGUCAUAAACUAUGUGCAUCACGCAUCAUGCCAAAAUACGUGCCUGCUGCCGAUGCUUUGAAGGGGUUUAUGAUUACGCUAAUUUUUGCCAGAUACUCGCCUAAUAUUACAUGUAAUCAGAGUUUAGUGUGAGUGUAAAUGAGUGUCUUGCGAGUAUUUUGUGAACUGAGCGUCUCUUUUAUCAUAAACCCUUUCGACGGGUGUGUAGCAGGCACUUAUUUUGACAUGACGCAUGAUGCACAUAGGUUCACAUGACGAGCAACACUCGACACUCCGAACACAUAUUUUGAAUUUGUGCCCCUCGGCACAGGCUGUAUACCUAUUCUUAUGUCGUGUUGAUUUUGAAUAAAAAAAUAUAUAUAUAGGUUAUGUGUGAAUUUAAAAAGCGUGUUUAGAUUAUUUUAAAUUAUUUAGCUAAAAAAAGUCUGUUAAAAUGUAUAAAACUUUAGCUUCUUAGUAAUUUUCUAUUUGAAUAUUCUAGGGAAUGGAGUAAGUACAUUUGUGUAAAUAAAUGUAUGUAAAUUGUGUUUGGU